CUGCCAGACGCGUUUCUGUGUUUCUAUCAAUAAUGCAAAAGGCGUCAUUCGUUGGGAACAUUCUCACGCGCCCGGGCAACGAUCGUCACUGCGCAUUCUCCACAGCCAGGCUUCCAGCAGACGAUCUGGACACGGUACAACUAUUCUUGGCGGGAAGCGACGAAUCUCGUGGUGACAAGAAACAGGCAGUGCGCGCUACGAGUGGCGGGACUGUGCAGCUAUACAGUCGAAAGUUGCCUGCUAAUCGCCAAAACGUAAACAUGAUCACUUCGUGAGCGGCUUGAAAGAAACAACGUCCAGACAGACGCUGAUUUCGGGUGUUAAAACGUAGACGCUGUUCUGCCAAAUCUGACACGUGUUCGUGACUCCACUGUUCUGUGGCCCCCGGAAGAAUUUCUUUAACACCGGGUCUGUGGACGGCACUUUGACGCUCAGUGGAUGGAGGACCGAUUGACGCUGCAGAUACGGCUAACAACUAAACAAGAUUCUACUCAAGUCUCCGCCACCGUAUCUCCCAGUAACAAGGACUGCAGAGAAUUCCCUCAAGUGACAACACACAGCUGCGCUAUCUUCCAGAUCAGGGACAGGCGUGAUAUCAUCAUAACGCUUCGCAGCCGGCACCUGGCCCACAAGUCGCAUCAUCCCGGACAUCGGGCUCUCUUCCGAGACGAAAACUGUUUUGCCGAAAGGAGCCAGUUUUAUCAACCCAUCUCUUCCUGUUAAUGCAGUGUCAUCAACGGAUUGUUGAUUCUGACGCCAAGUUUCACUCUCUUGACGAAUUUACAAUUUCACUUGGGACAGCAGUGGUGGUCAUUCAACAGAGACGUUACGAGUCAAUCAGAGAGAAGAAUUCAUCGCAGUACGCAGCGGUGCACUUGAUCUGCGACGCUGACGUCACCGUCGCGUGCCCAAUCACCCUCAACACAGGCUGACGGAGGCCGCUGACACGGCGCCUCAGUAGAAUCACUUUCAAACGCGGCUUGCCUUGACCAAGACAACACGGCGGGAAACUGAAGUUUUGCAUUGUAGAGGAUCGGGACGCCCAGAGAGCCAAUCGGUAUCGACGACAGCACGUAGCCAAUGCCCCUCUGCCUCCGUAAAGGGCCCGCCUGAUAACCUCUGGACCAAGUCCUGCAUUUCCUUAAGGAGUCGUGAAGUCUGAACUACCCGGCUGAAGUUUGCCGUGUGGCCCACGGACGAGAGUUUGUCGCGAGGAGCAUGAAUUCUGUGGCUGAUUUCAAGUCCGACGAAUGGUCGCUCCUGCUGUUGGUUAAGGACGCUGCGGCGAACUAAAAGUACCACCAUGCUCCGAAAAUUGUGUAUGGAUUAAAAAAUGUCCUUCGCAUCAAUGCUGAGUAAAGGCGUCCAGGUCACUUAACAGCAAACUACUCGGCACUUGAAGCGUUAUGACAAGGUGAGCCAUUCGGAACAGGCUUUUGCAAGACCGAACUCGGGUCAAUCGUCGAUAAAAAAAACAGUCCAGUUUAGAACUAAUCUUCAGGUUUAAAAGCGAGCUGUGGACAUUUUGAUCAAUAUAUAAUGGAGGUGAAUUCAAGUCGUCCGGAGUACGCCAUUCUUCGCGAUGGCGGUUAUCCCAACUCGACGGACUACGAGUCCAAUAACUACACGGCAACGGCCGCCCCAUACCGCACCUUCAACUACCCCUACAUCCCUCCCGCUGUCCUGGCGGCCAAGGUGGUGUCCAUCGCCUUGAUCGUCUUUAUCACCGUGGUGGGCAACAGCAUCGUGAUCGCCAUCAUCCUGUCCAACAAGCACAUGCGGACCACCACCUACUUCUACCUGAUGAACCUGGCGGUGGCCGAUAUCACCAUCGCGAUGAUCUCGGAGUGGACGUGGCUGGCCAACCACCUGAUGGAUCGGUGGGUCUUCGGGGACGUCAUGUGCAAGGCCUCUUUUCUCCUGCAAGGUGUGUCGAUCCAAGUCAGUAUCCUGACAUUGACGGUCGUGGCUGGUGACCGAUACUUCGCCAUCUUGCAUCCGUUGAGGUCUCGAGUGAUCAAGAGAAACGCUGGAAUUAUCAUCGGCGCUGUAUGGCUGAUCGCUUUCCUGAUCAACAUCCCCAUGCUUCUCAACGUGAAGCACGCCACCCACACGUGGGACGACGGCCUGGAUAUGGCCUGGUGCAUCGAGUACUGGGAAGGGGACGACAUGGACUACCAGAAGCUCUUGCGGGCCGUCUACACCACGUUGCUUUUCGUGGCCGUCUACCUGCUGCCACUCUUCCUCAUGUCGGUGACCUACACGCGGAUCGGCUGCACGCUCAAGUCGCGCAGCACGCACGGGCCCGGCGUGAAAGUGGAGGCCACGGUGUCGACCCAGGAGCGUUCCAAACGGAAGGUUAUUAAAAUGCUGGCGGUGGUUGUGAGCAUAUUUGCAGUGUGUUGGCUGCCCUACCACAUCCUUAAUCUCGUCCAGGAUUGGUCUGCUAACGUUGAGGCACAAAACAUCCCCAAGGACCUGUGGUUCAUCUGUACCUGGUUAGGCUACGCCAACAGCGCCAUGAACCCCUUCGUCUACUGCGGCUUCAACGAGAACUUUCGGCGGGGGUUCGUGGACGCCUUCACGGGGCGGUGGUGUGCCGGCAAGAAGCGGCAGAUGGUGAAGUGCGGAAAAAUGGCUACGGUCAAGCCGAACAAGUCCGUCUGUUCGUCACAGGUGACAGAGGGCACUGUUGUCGAGAGCACGAGCAUGCUUUGAUGAAACACGCACCAAACCAAACCGAUCGUUCGAACUGCGCAAGACUGUUCGUCAGUCGGACUUGAGUUUUAGACUGGAUGGGCUUCUUUCCUUUGUUCGCUGGAGCUAUUGGAGGAUGUUCGCUGACAACCUAUGCCUACCUUGGACAUUUGAGGUAGUUUGGCCCGGCCAGUCAGGCUGUAUUGCGUCCCAUACCUGAAGGGCGGUCAAAAUGUUAUGAUGAGUUACAUUUUAAUUAGCAAGUGUAUGCCGCCUUUUGUCGGAUUGUGUGAGCCACGGCACGCCUGUGCACGUGCAUACACUGUAUUUGGUUUUUAGUGAUGUGUGCCUGGCAUUGCUCCUACUUACACGAAUUCUAAUGUCCUUUGAAACACAUUACCGUCUGUCACGAGGCUAUGGGCUCCGAGCUGGACCAAGAGAGGGUUCAAUUUUCCUUGCAACGGAGGCUCCUUUGGUAGUAACUGCGCAUCGCUGGUUCACGAACAACUAUGAAACGCAAGCGUUGCAGUCGCAUCGCUUCCCACAAAAUGAACGCUCCCAACCUAUGUGGGUCGUUUCAGUGCUUCUGCUCGGGGCGGAUAAGAACAGGUCGUUCACCUCACGUUUGCCCAGUGUAUCAAUUGGACGCAAUAAACAGAAUCUUGACCACCGAUCCAAGAUGCCAAACAUACCUCAUUCAAAAUGAUUCCAUACUUGCGAAUAUGACGGCAGAAGGCUUCACUAGGCUCGAGAAUACAAUAAUUCGUUCCUGCACUAAAACUGUAAUUCUGCUUUUUCAAAAUUUUACGAUGAAAUUGUCUUCUUUUAUCACUAGAAACCACUUCCUCGUCCCUUUUAUUGACGAAUGCAGAACAGUUUCAGGCCCGGCAGUAAAAUUGUUCUUGUUACUCUUCGUUUUAAAUUUAUUGUCUGGGCUGACAUUAAUUAGAAAUCGAAUGUCCCCAGCAAGAAUAUUUGUGAUUGUCGUUUAAUCGUUAAUCUAUUAGUAUACUAUUAUCCUGCAUUAUAGUGUAGACAUUCUUUUUGUUUAAAGCAGAAUUAUUGUAUUAUAUACUGUUGUGCGUUGCACAGUGCAAUGCUUGAGGCGUACCUAGUCCAUACAAGAUAAUUCUAAAUACGGACAAUUCACAAAAGUGCGCCUCCAAGAGUGUGCAACGCGUUGGCCAAUCACAAUCUGUCAACCCUUUCCUUCCCUUUCUGCGUAUAAUGAUUGGCAGGUGUGUUGCAAACUCUUGGAGGCGCACUUUUGUGAAACGCCCAUAUUGGAUAAUAAAUUAUACAGCAGUCUUACUGAAGUAAGGUAGGGGAGCCUGUAUCUCCCAUUAUGCACUAUAUUUCGCUUCUUCCUAGACAAACAAGCGUUUAAAGUAAAAAAAAAAAGUAGGCGAACAACACAAACAGUUGCAGUUAAUAAGAAUCGCAAGGCUGUCGGCUAAAAAAAAA